UAUUUCCACGGCAACUGAGAUAGAUCGCGAAAUCAAACCUUCUGUAAUGCUACACAUCAUGGCACAGGAUGGUGGAAAUCCUCCUCUGUCUACUAAUGUAACUGUGAUUGUUACCAUACGAGAUGUGAACGACAACGAACCAAGCUUUGAUAACUCAUUUUACAAUGCUAGUGUUUUCGAAGACGUAUCCACUGACUACUGUGUACUACAGGUUGCUGCCACUGAUCCGGAUGCUGAUGAAUUCGGUCGUAUCACCUAUUCAAUGGGACAUGUGUUUGGAAUUUCUCCUCCCGCUGAGUUUUCCAUUCGCCCUGAAACAGGAUGGAUAUGUGCGACCAUGUCAUUGGACCGAGAUAGAGGCACCACGUCCUUUUUGUUUCCCGUACAGGCCACUGAUGGCGGUGGGCUACAUUCGGUUACCAUGGUUAAUAUCAAUAUACUAGACGUUAAUGAUAACAAACCGAUAUUUUACCCACACAUAUACGCAGUUGAUUUGAGUGAGGACAGUGCAGUGGGAACUGAAGUGAUAUCCGUGGCAGCCACCGAUCGAGAUGCCGGAGCCUAUGGACUUAUAACAUAUCAAAUCACAUCAGGAAAUGAGAAUAAUAUAUUCACCAUCAACUCUCGAAGUGGUAUGAUUCGUCUCCAAUUGUCUUUGAAUCGUCAGUUACAAUCGCUUCAUCAGCUGACUAUCUCGGCGACAGACGGUGGAGGUUUGCAGUCGUUGAUUGAUGCUGACGUCUCUAUAAGCGUCAUCAGCUCAGAAGAUUCACCACCAAUAUUUGACCAUCCAAUUUAUAGUUACUCUGUUUCUGAAGACUCGCCCCGAUUUCAGAGUAUCAGCACCGUGCAUGCUGCACAUGCUGAUCCUGAUAACCGUGACAGCAUAACAUAUACCAUUCAUUCUGGUGAUCCUGAUGGUUACUUCUCUCUCCAUCCUACUACUGGCGUUCUGUCCAUCAACUCAGCUUUAGAUUAUGAAUCACAUGUCUACGUACUGCUUAACAUACAGGCAGCCAGUGGCAAUCCUCCAACACAUGGCAGAGCACAGGUCAACAUUAGCAUCAUUGAUGUCAAUGACAACUUCCCCGAAUUUGCACGUGCUUCAGAAGUGGUGUCUGUGAGCGAAACGAUAACUCCUGGUACUAUUUUGCCAUUCAUACCUGUGGCAACCGAUAGAGACAGUGGUGACAAUGGUAAAGUGGAAUACCGACUUGUUGAUAGCAAUAAUAUGAAUAAUUUUGAUGGCUUGUUCAGUAUUAAUAAACUAACAGGACAGAUACAGAUCCAUCGUACUGUGGAAUACAGCGAAAUGAGUGAAUACGAACUAAUUAUCGAAGCGUAUGAUAAAGGACAUCCAAGUCUAUCUUCGGUAAUGACACUUAAGGUAUAUAUACAAGACAUGAACAAUAAUGGCCCACAGUUCUAUCCCACGUCAUACGAAGUCGAUGUUGCUGAAUCAUUGGUGGUGGGUGAACGAAUCGUCACAGUGUCUGCCACCGAUGGCGAUUUAGGAAAUAACGCUCGCAUCACAUAUACUCUUAGAGCUUCGCAGUAUGCUGGUAACUUUGGAAUAUUCCCAGACACUGGUGUACUGUAUACCAAGAAAAUGCUGGACAGGGAAUUGGUCCCCGACUAUGUUCUUGAAGUGAUUGCUAAAGACAACGGUGAUCCAGUACAAAGUGCUACUGCCACCGUAAUUAUUCAUGUAACGGACGUCAAUGAUAAUAACCCUAGGCUGCUGCACGAAAGCUAUCAUUUCACCAUAAACGAGAAUGAAAUUGCAUAUUCGUAUGUUGACACUGUGAGUGCUUCCGACAGAGAUCAAGGCACCAAUGGUGAAAUAGUUUAUAGUAUACAACCUGAUGAUACAUUUUCCAUUGAUGAACAAACAGGCAUGAUAUCAACAAACAUGAUGCUGGACCGUGAAGCCAACUUCAUGUAUACUUUGACAGUGACAGCCACUGACCUGGGCACACCUGCCAGACAAGAUACCUCAGUUGUGUAUAUAAACGUACUGGAUGAAAAUGACAAUCCACCUGAAUUCAAUCAUAAGGGCGACUAUGUUGCUAACGUAAGAGAGGACGAGCCACCCAAUAGUGCCGUGAUUCAGGUCACUGCCAAGGAUCCUGAUAGUGGAAGCAAUGGUGUUGUUUCUUAUGAUCUGGUUGCUGGCGGCAUUUUUAACAAUCAAGUCAUGUUCACUAUUGAUGAAACUAAUGGUAUGAUCAGAACCCGUGCAGUACUUGACAGAGAGUCCAAAUCUAGCUAUCACUUAACGGUGAUGGCCAGAGAUCACGGCAAUCCUCCAAAAGAGGCGGUAGCUUUUGUCCGAGUCGAGGUCAAGGAUGAGAAUGAUAACAGUCCUAAGUUUAUGAAUUCGACUUAUGCCUUUACGGUUCAGGAGAACACUCCUCCGAGUACCAAUAUCGGGCAGGUCAUUGCCGCGGAUCGUGAUGCUGGAAAUAAUGGUGCUGUGAGAUAUUACAUCAUAGAUGGUGAUAUAUAUGGUACUUUUGAAAUUAAUCAUACCACUGGGAAUAUCUUCACUGUGAAAUAUGUCGAUUAUGAACUUGCCGCAAGUCAUGUCCUGACAAUUCUAGCCUCUGAUAUGAAUAUACUACACCCACUCAGUACGACUACAACUGUGCAUAUUUACAUUACUGACUUGAAUGACAAUGCUCCCGAGUUUGCUAACGAUCCAAUAAUAUUUCCACUGCGGGAGAAUGUGGCCAUUGGUCAUGUUGCGUAUACAUUCAGUGCAGUCGAUGCAGAUUCGGGCUGGAAUGGAAAAAUUCGAUACAACAUUUCCGGUCAUUCAGGCAAACACAUCAUGUUUGAAAUACAUCCAGAAACCGGAGAGCUAAAAACAACUGAUUACAUCAAUAGAGAGGAGUAUUCUGAAUAUACUCUAGUCAUAGAAGCAAUGGAUCUACCUCUUGAACCCCAGCAACCACUGAUUGGUACAACUACUGCACGCAUUAUUAUUGAAGAUGAAAAUGACAACAGUCCUCUGUUCGUUUCCCGGUCGUAUACUUACGUGAUGGAGGAUGAACCACUGGGAUAUCCCAUCAUGCAUAUCAAUGCCUUGGAUCCUGACUUUGGUGAUAAUGGCAGAGUGGUUUACAAUAUCGUGGAUGGCAAUGAAGAAGGUAAAUUCACCAUUGAACACAGCACUGGUAUACUCUCAUUGGUCGAUCCUCUUGAUAGGGAACAGCGAGACGCUUAUGGAUUGAACAUCUCGGCAUCUGACCAUGGUGUACUACCAAGAGUCGCGUUCCAGUACUUGAUCAUUUACUUGGAAGACGUGAAUGACAAUGCUCCUGUUUUUACUAGUGAUAUGUUUGUAAUGGAUGUACAAGAGAACCAAGAUGCGUUUAUCUAUCUGGGAAGCGUCAAUGCUACAGAUGCAGAUAUAGAUGUUAAUGGUCAGGUGUUGUACAGUAUCCCAAAUGGUAUUGCCAAUGAUAUGUUCUGGAUUAACGCUGACUCCGGAGCAAUAUACACUAAUGGUGCUCUAGACAGAGAAACUCUUGGUUCUUACGCUGUAACAGUCUAUGCUAACGAUCAGGCUUUCCCGUCCUUGUUUGAUACAACCUUAGUCUUAGUCAACGUACUAGACAUGAAUGACCAUGCGCCAGUGUUUGCUAUGUCCACGUAUUCUAUAUCGGUACCAGAAAAUGGACAAACUACAAGAUUACACGUAGUGGUAGCUACCGAUGCUGAUACUGGUACAAACGCUGAAAUAAGAUACAGCAUAACUGGUGGCAAUGAAGGGAAUAGGUUUGUAAUUGAUCCUAUCACUGGUGAGUUUUCAACUCAAAUUACCUUGGACCGAGAAACCAAACAUCACUAUGAAUUGGAGAUUACUGCAGAAGAUAUGGCCACCAAUCCUCUUACUGGUACCAUGAAUAUAACCGUGGAUGUGGUUGACCUCAAUGACAAUGCACCUCUGUUUGAAAAUCUUCCCUAUACUGUGUCAAUUCCUGAAGACUUUGCUGUCAAUGGUACGGUCUUAACAGUGGUAGCUACCGAUGCUGAUCUGGGCACUAAUGCCGGUGUUAAUUACACUUUAGAGAAUUUGAUGGAGCGUGUGUUCCGGAUAGAUUGCAAGACUGGUGACGUGACAUCAGUUAGACGAUUUGACAGAGAAUCUCAGGCUGAGUACUUCUUUCACGUAAAUGCAACGGACGAGAGCGUCUCCAACCCACUCUCCUCACAAGCACCGAUCCACAUUAUCAUCACUGACAUCAAUGACAAUGCACCAGAGUUUACUCAAGAACCGUUUACUGCUAACAUUUCAAACGACCUUCCUGUUGACUCAUCAGUAUUACAGAUAUCGUCUAGCGAUAGUGAUGAAGGUGUCAAUGCUGAAGUCACAUACAGUUUGCUUGGAACAAGUAGUUAUUUCAAAGUGGAAAGUAAUGGCAUCGUUAAAAGCAUAGCCACUAUUAAUGCCCAGUCUAUGCAUCGGAUAGAUGUGAGAGUUACUGACAACGGUGUUCCAUCUCUCAGCACGGACGGUUAUGUUCUGAUCCAUGUAGACGACGCUACACCUCCAAUUGAGUUUCAACAAGGAUUAUAUGAGAGACACAUAACAGAACAUGCAGUAUAUAAUUUGGUGGUUAUUAACAUGAGAUCAGAGGUUGUAAACCCUGUCGGUGGCAUACGAUUUGCCAUUGAGCAUGGCAAUGAUGCCUUUGAAAUAGAAGAAGAUUCGGGUAUCGUGACUGUGAAGGACCCCAGUCUGUUGGAUCGUGAGACGACUCCACAUAUCACCCUGACAAUUUCUGCCAGUGUCAACACUGACCGCUAUGGUUUUACGCAUUUAAAAAUCAUACUAGAUGAUAUCAAUGACAAUCCUCCCAUAUUUAUACAUGAAAGGUACUCGGCACAGGUUUGGGAGAAUGAACUACGUAACACUUAUGUCACACAGGUAAUUGCUACCGAUGCAGACAUUGGUGAUAACGCUGUUAUAACAUAUUCCAUCACUAAAAGUGAACCUGAUGAGCAGGAUUUCAUUAUCGAUUCUGGUAGCGGUGUUAUUCUGACUCGUUUCAUACUUGAUUGGGAGAUCCACAAGACGUAUAAACUGACAAUAAAAGCGGUUGAUGGGUCAGGCAGCAAUGCUUUGACCAGCAGUUGUGUGGUACGCGUAAAAGUGAUUGACACCAAUGACAACAGUCCAACCUUUGCUGAACACAAUGGUGUUAAAAUCAAGGAAGGCAAGUAUUAUAUUUUUAAUGUUGCUGUGCCUGAGUUAACACCAACAGGAGUGUCAAUAUUAACAGUGAAUGCAACAGAUAGAGACUCUGGAUUAAAUGCUAGGAUUAUCUACAGUAUUGACGUCAAUCCGGGCAUUGGAUUUACUAUUGAUCCUCAUACAGGCAUUCUUUUCACCAAUGAUACGAUUAGGGUUCAAUCAAAUCCACAUGUUGUACACCUUGGGAUAUCAGCUACGGACCAUGGAGAACCAGCACUGUCAAGUCUUGUUUCUGUAAGAAUUGAAGUCACCGACGUCAAUGACAACUCGCCGAUGUUCAUUCCAUCAGUCUAUGAGGCGUCUGUCAGUGAAGCUGUUACUAAGGGACACAAUGUUACAAGAGUACACGCCACAGAUGCGGAUUACUCCAGAGAAAAUAACCAAGUAGACUACAGUAUUAUAAGCGGGAACAUCGAUAACAUGUUUGAGAUUUCGGCUUCUAGUGGCCAGAUAGCUGUACUUGGAGACCUUGACCGGGAGACGUUGGCCUUGUAUACACUAAUAGUGCAGGCAGCUGAUAGAGGUGAACCGCAACAAAGUAACGUGGCGACUGUCAACAUAGAAGUUGAAGAUUUUAAUGACCAUACCCCGGAGUUCAACGAAGAAGAGUACGAAGGAACAGUAAGCGAAGGGGUACCUGUUGGUACCACCAUCUUGACUGUACAUGCAACUGAUCGCGAUAUUGGCCUCAAUGCAAUGAUACGAUAUGACAUCUCAUCCGGAAAUGAACUAGACUUGUUUAAAAUCGAUCAAUCCACUGGAGUGAUCACAUCGAAGAGUCGACUUGAUCAUGACACACAACAAUCUGUGCAUAGGCUAUCCAUAAUAGCCAUGGACAGUGGUAUUGAUCAUCAACUUCAGGCUGUGACUUCAGUGAUAAUUCAUGUUACGGAUGAAAAUGACCAUGCUCCAUUCUCUCCUGCGCUUAUGUAUGUAAAAACAUUGGCAGAGGAAGAACCUAUUGGUACAUAUGUUUUCACGGCGCAUGCAGUUGACAAUGAUGGGGGCCGCUAUGGCGUUCUGACCUAUACACUUGAAGAUAGCCCUGGAAGGAACUAUUUUGAAAUCGAUGCCGAAAGUGGAGAAGUUACUUCUCUCAAGAAGUUUGACUAUGAAACUGACCAAUGGGAAUAUUUACUGUCCAUCAAAGCUUCGGAUAUUGGCGGCAAAUAUGUAACUGUUCAGGCUCGAAUUGAAAUUACUGGAGUUGAUGAGUUUGCACCAGAGUUUUCAUCAUCAGAUUACAGCUUUUUGGUUCCUGCAAAUGCUGAACCUGGUUACACUGUGGGGCAAGUGUCUGCCAUUGAUAAAGAUGCGGGGCUUGAUGGACUUGUUCUGUAUUACUUUGAUAAGGAACUGGAUAUGUUCACAAUCAAUGAAACACAUGGCUAUAUAACUGUGAAAGAUAGUUUAGAAGUUAAGACUCAAAGAGAUGUCUCGAGUGUGAGAGAAGCAAGAGCUACAAAUGAAGCUGAUAUGUAUCAAUUCAAUGUUGUUGCGAGAUCUGGGAAACCUAAUUCACUGAGUGCAUCUACCAAAUCAGAUAUUACUUUGGACUAUGACUGUGACACAUGUCCAGGAGCUCUGUCAUCCUCCGAGACAUCUUUAUCUGGUCUGCCGUUAGCACUGGUCAUCGUGUUUGCUAUCAUCGCUGCAAUCUCAGUUAUCGUUGGCUUAAUAGGAUUUCUAAUCUGGUAUCGUAGAAAGCGCCGUCCUUUGCCUCCACCACUUCAAACAACUGAUGGUACUCGAUCAGUUAAUUCGUAUGAUGCAAGUUUUGAUCCUGUGAUGCUGACAGCAGGAUCCACCAUCGAGCAGCAUCUUAUAUCUGGCCCAAAUGGCGUUGUGCCCGUGUAUACCAUGAACGGCACCAGGAAACCACAACGCAUGGAUUCUCCUCACACCUCUAUGGAAGUCGGCAGAACUGAUGUGUCGGAUCAGUCCAAUUCAGCUUCAAGUGGGCGUGGCUCAGCCACAGUUGAAGAUGAAGAAAUACGUAUGAUAAACGAGAAGCCUAUUGUGCCAGAUCACCAUGGCAACAACCAACUCAUUUGUCAUUUACCGCCAGAUUCCGGAAUUCCUCAAGACGAAGAUGCCAUGUCUGAUGACAUGUCUGUAAAUGAAAGAUCGGCAAACGAGGUGCUUAAAAGUCUUGGCGUCUUUAAUGAGUCUUACUCAAAGGGUGAAAAUUUUAAUAAAAUUCUCAACCAGAGUGUGGAGAGUAUGCACGUAUUUGGAGAAGAAGGAGGAGGAGAGGAACGGGGAGCAUUUAUAAAUUCAAAAUUACAUGACUCAGGGGAGGAUACUGCGAUAAUUAAUGGGACAAGGGCAUUUGGAAUGGGUGAUGAUGGGUUGCCAUCUAUGGCAGGCUCGCUAAGUUCAAUUGUGAACAGUGAUGAGGAAUUUUCAGGCAGCUACAGUUGGGACUAUUUACUAGACUGGGGGCCGCAGUUCCAGCCUUUAGCCAAUGUAUUUGCUGAGAUAGCAAAGCUCAAGGAUGAGAGCAUUGCUAAAAAACAGUUAGAGGAACACAAACCUCGACAUAAGCAAUCUCUAUCACCAAAAGUAAAAAAUUUCCCACCUCCGUUACUGACGACGGUUGUGCAAGGCCCGUUAACCCCUGUCCAACCUGUAGCAAUAAACCGUUCAAGAAUAAAUCAAGGUGCAACAUUACCGAUGAUGCCAAGGUCACCAAUCACGUACGACCAUAGUUUUUCGUCACCGGCAAUGUCUCCUAAUUUUUCACCGUCGUUGUCACCUCUUGCGAAUAGAACUCCUUCAAUAUCACCGUUGGUGACCCCAUUAAGCAGUACAGUGAACUCGAACACAAGUACGCCACAACGAUCACCAAGACAUUCUACUAUAAUCACGUUACCUGCCUUAGCUGGAGUUGAUGAAGUUACGAUCUAAUCACUUGGACUAAACAAUUUUAUAAAAGGGGGAAGUAAAGGGUGGAGAUUCUAAUUUUUAUAUAAAAAAUAUAUAUUGAGAUAGAUAUGAUGAUGAUUCCCGAAAUAUUUUAUUUUUAUAUCUGACAUUCAGGAAAUCAUGCGAGUCCUCAACUGAAAAGAAGGGUAAUACACGACCAACUCAAAGCGUAAACGUAUCAACACAUGUCCUUCCAUUUAAAAUUUUAUUCCAGAAAGUGCCUUGAUUUUAUUUGUACAGGCAAUUUUUUUGUUUUUGUAAAUAUUGAA